AUGGGGCGGACACGGCGAGCAUCCAACGCCAAAACGCAAAAGCGGACAAGAGCUACACCAGGCGCCCCGCCUCCCCCGUGCCGGUCGGCACCUCCUCCCGCCGCCCCUCCUCCCCCCCCUCGCGCCGCCGUGCCAUUUUGCUACCCCUCGCGUCGUCGGGCCCCGCCACUCCCUCUCGCACGGUUGUGCCCGCUUCUGGCCCCGUCCGGCUUCUGCCGCGCCGGCACGCACUCCCGCCAUUCGUCGCUCGGCCCGCCUCGCCGCUCCACCCCUGCUUCCCCCUUCCCUGCCCUACUUCUCGCCGUGGGCGCGCACCAGGACGGCCUGCAGGUCGUUGCAGAGCAGCGCCUCCUAGAUCUGCUGCAGCCCGAAGCUCUGCAGCUCCCGCACGACUCGCCGGCGGAGCCCAGGCUGCUUGUCCCACCAUGCGCCACCGCCGACGAGAUCUGCAGUUCCCCGGCUCUUCCCGGUGCCGCGUCGCCCUCGUGCAGUUCCCCGGCCCCGUCGGCUCAGCUCGGAACGAGAGGCGGUAGCGGAGAUCUCCCCGUCGUCCUGGACCACGGCGUGGGAUGCAGCUUGCGCCACUGA